AUGGCACGCAGAGCGAGUCUUCAAGGCUCGCAGGCUGCCCCGCCACUAACCUCACGCUACAUCAGCCAAGGUCUAGCUCUGCAUACCAACCUCGACCAGCAACGCCAAGCCAAGAGAGCACGAUACUCAACCGUACGCGCGGAAGAACCCGAUGAAAACCUUGACUCCACAAGCCCAAUCUACGAUGCCUUCGUCAACGACCAAGGACUUGAUGGUAUUCGGACAAUGACCAACUUCAGCCCGUCUGAGUUCAACAUCUUGUGGGCGGACAUACGGCAAUACCUUUCGAAGCAUUGGAACACUGGUUCGGGGCGCAAAUCCGAGCUAGCUGCCAACGGGGAUCGCUUCACCAACUAUCCCUAUGCAACGGACGUGACCUUUCAACAAACGAAUGUCCCUGCCGGAAGCUAUGCUGAGAAGAAGUCGUAUUACAGUGGCAAACACUCGCUCUAUGGGCAUAAGGUGGAAGUGUCGGUGCUCCCGAAUGGGCUUGCAAUCAAUUGCACCAAGCACUACAAAGGCAGCGUUGCUGAUAAAUCCAUUUUCGACGACAACUUGGAAUUCCACGCGAAUGGCCUUGCCAAACAAGGCGACGACGACCGCCUGGAUGAUUCUGAGCGAGUUGGUGGGGCACGUCAAUAUGCGAUCCUUGUGGACAAAGGCUACCAAGGGAUACAAAGAGAAGUUCGCGCGGUGCUUCCUACCAAGAAGCCAAUUGGAGGCGUGCUGAUAUCAAUAAUAGACCAAUAA